GGUUGUGGCAAGUUCAGAAAGGACAGGGGAGGGGGAGAGGGAGGUAUCCUCACGUAGUUGUCUCGGUCUUGCUUUUCUACAGAAAAUAGUUAACUCGGCUGAAACUGAAACAGCGCAAAAGAAAAGCCCCACCAGGCUGUCUUUCUCCUUCGUUCUCUCAGUUUCCUGCUCAAGGAAGCUAUUUUUGUACAGGUUGGCGUGUAGGACAACAAACUUUUGGUUGUUGUUUUUUCUCCUUCCUCAGUGUUUCCAUUGAAAAAUUUGGACUUUCUCAUCUGCAGAGCAACUUCUUCACCGGAGGAGGGGUGGAGGAGAGGUAGGAGGGGAGAAGUUUUUCUAAGUCUGUCGCUCACUCUUGCCUUGCCGGGACAAUGAAAGAACAAGUGUGAGUGCAGGUCACAAAAAUCAAGAGGGAGAGAAAAAGGAAGGAGCAGUGCUUCCUGUAUAGGGAUCUCCUCUUGACUCCUCUAGGAGAAGGGGUGGACACAGGACAGAGACUCUGUAGCAGUGUGUUUGUGUGUGGAUCAGCGUGUCCACAUCCUCACGGUCCUGCUCUCUGAGGGAGGGUGUGUGUGUGUGUGUGUGUGUGUGUGUGUGUGUGUGUGUGUGUGUGUGUGUGUGUGUGUGUGUGUGUGUGUGUGUGUGGUGAGGGAUGGCCAAUGCCAGCCCCUGCAUGUCGUCGGGACCCCUGUCCCAGGUCUUCUUCCACUCAGGGGGCCCCUCACCCCCAGGCUCUGUGGUGAUGCAGCAGGGGACCCCCAUGGCUGUGCCUCCCACCUCUACUCAGGGUGGCUUCCCCCCUGUGGACCUGGGGGCCGGGCAGGGCCCUGGGGGGGUUGCCAUGUCCCACGUGCCCCCCAUCCCGGCAGGGGUCUCCUUCAUCCUCCAGAUCGGGCUGACCAGAGAGUCAGUGCUGCUGCCACAGACCGCUGACCUAGCCUACGUCAAACAGAUCGCCUGCUCCAUCGUAGACAUCAAGUUCCCAGAGUGUGGCUUCUAUGGCAUCUAUGACAAGAUCCUGCUAUUUAAGCAUGACACAGGCACCAACAACAUCCUGCAGCUGGUCAAGUCUCCCCAGGACAUCCAGGAGGGAGACCUGGUGGAGGUGGUGCUCUCUGCUGCGGCCACCUUCGAGGACUUCCAGAUUCGGCCUCAUGCCCUGAACGUCCACUCGUACCGUGCCCCGGCCUUCUGCGACCACUGUGGAGAGAUGCUGUUUGGACUGGUCAGGCAGGGCCUCAAAUGUGAUGGCUGCGGAUUGAACUACCACAAGCGCUGUGCCUUCAGCAUCCCCAACAACUGCAGCGGCGCUCGCAAGCGGCGCCUGUCCACCACGUCUCUGAACAGUAGCCAGUCGCUGCGUCUGUCCACCAGCGAGUCUCUGAGCAGCGUGGGCUCCAGCUCAGUCAGCUCCUGCAUGGAGGAUGCCAGCCUGAUCCGCUCUCACACCACCCAGACGCUCCCGAACUCCACCUGUACCGCGUCAGCAUCCCUGGGCCUGUCCACCAGCCCCUCCAUCACUAGACCCAUGGCCCGCGCCAACACUCCGAUGCCGCGGACCCCCAGCGAGGCGCGGCGGUUCUACACGGGCCGGCCGGUGCACCUGGACAAGAUCCUGAUGAGCAAAGUGAAGGUGCCGCACACGUUCGCCGUGCACUCCUACACACGCCCCACCGUGUGCCAGUACUGCAAGAGGCUGCUCCGGGGCCUCUUCCGACAAGGGCUGCAAUGCAAAGACUGCAAGUUCAACUGCCACAAGCGCUGUGCGUACAAGGUUCCCAACGACUGUCUGGGGGAGACCAUAGGAGACAUGUUGAGUCCCAGUGUGGACCACGAGGUGCCUAUGGACUACAGCAGUGAGUAUGCCGACUCAGACAAGUCUUCUCUGACGGACGAUUCAGACGAGGCCUGCAGCAUCCCUGGCUCUUUCUCCCCCGAGAGUAACCAGGAUGGGGUCGGCGGGGACCAGAGCGCUAACAUCCCAUUGAUGAGGGUGGUUCAGUCCAUGAGGCAGACCACCCGUCGCUCCAGCACAUCCAUCAAAGAGGGCUGGAUGGUGCACUACAGCAACAAGGACACACUGAGAAAGCGGCACUACUGGCGUCUGGACUGCAAGUGCAUCAUCUUGUUCCAGAACAACACCACCAACAAGUACUAUAAGGAGAUCCCUCUGUCUGAGAUUCUGGAGGUGCGCCCCUCAGGGGACUUCACCCUGGUUCCUCCGGGCACCAGCCCCCACUGCUUCGAGCUCGUCAUGGGAGCCAUGCGCUACUUUGUAGGGGAGGACCCCAACGUCCACGUCCCCGCCCUGCCCCCCACCGCCGCCCAGGCCUUCCCCCCCACGCCCCCCUCCCCCAGCAACGUGGCUCCCAAUAGCGGCGUGGGGCGGGAGGUGGCCAAGGCGUGGGAGGGCGCCAUUCGCCAGGCCCUCAUGCCAGUCAUCUUCCAGGAUGCACCACCGAUCGAGGGACACACUCCUCACAGACAGGCUUCAGUCAGCAUCUCAGUGUCCAACAGUGUGAUCCAGGAGAACGUGGACAUUGGCAUGGUGUACCAGAUAUUUGCAGAUGAAAUCCUUGGUUCUGGCCAGUUUGGAGUGGUGUAUGGGGGGAAACACAGGAAGUCGGGGCGUGAUGUGGCGGUGAAGGUGAUUGACAAACUGCGCUUCCCCACCAAGCAGGAGAGCCAGCUGAGGAACGAGGUGGCCAUACUGCAGAGUCUACGUCACCUGGGCAUAGUGAACCUGGAGUGUAUGUUUGAGACUCCAGAGAAGGUGUUUGUGGUGAUGGAGAAGCUUCAUGGAGACAUGUUGGAGAUGAUCCUGUCCAGUGAGAAAGGACGGCUCCCAGAGAGGCUCACCAAGUUCCUCAUCACACAGAUUCUGGCAGCCCUGAGGCACCUGCACUUUAAGAACAUCGUCCACUGUGAUCUGAAACCUGAGAAUGUUCUGCUGGCCUCUGCCGAGCCCUUCCCCCAGGUGAAGCUGUGUGACUUUGGCUUUGCCCGUAUCAUUGGUGAGAAGUCGUUCAGGCGUUCGGUGGUGGGCACCCCAGCCUACUUGGCCCCAGAGGUGCUCCUCAACCAGGGCUACAACCGCUCCCUGGACAUGUGGUCUGUAGGAGUCAUCAUGUACGUCAGCCUCAGUGGCACCUUCCCCUUCAACGAGGACGAGGACAUCAACGACCAGAUCCACAACGCUGCCUUCAUGUACCCACCCAACCCCUGGAAACAGAUCUCACCUGAUGCCACUGACCUGAUCAACAACCUGCUCCAGGUGAAGAUGAGGAAACGCUACAGCGUGGACAAGUCUCUCAGUCACUCCUAUCUACAGGACUACCAGACGUGGUUGGAUCUGAGGGAGCUGGAGACCAAGCUGGGCGAGCGCUACAUCACCCACGAGAGCGACGACUGUCGCUGGCAGAUGUUUGCCCGCGAACACACGCUCCCCUACCCGGCCCACCUGGUGCCCCCUCUGCCUGCGCUCGGCUCCGACGAUGAGGACGCAGACAUGCAAGGGCUCACCGAGAGGGUCAGCAUACUCUGAGAACCUGGAGAGCCAGGACCCACGCGGACCCAAGGGACUCGGACUGACCCAGGGAAGCGAGUAGAGAGAGAGAGAGAGAGAGAGAGGGGCUGGCUGGAUGGAGGUCUGGAGAGUGGGGAGGGGAGGCUGGGAGGUUUAGCUGUAAGAAAAGCGCCUUCUAUUGAGAUAAUGCCGCUCCUAACCGUCUACUAAUGGUCUCCCACUCCGGCCCUAGCCUGUCCAGUCUCCAGACCCCAUCCUUGACCCCUCUCUCAUCGGUCUAGCUUAGCUCUUCCACCCUUGAACUCUUUGAGUGUAAGAUAUUUGCUCUUCUGUAUCCCACAAGGCCAUGCUGUACUGUACCCAGUGGUCAGGGGAUGUGUAGAAUAUUGUUGCUUGCAGUGUGCUCAUUCAGUCUAAGCUGCAGUAAGGCAGAGGUCAGUUUGGGUGAAACACUCAAAAUGCAAUCUAAGCUCCUGGCAGAGGCACAACUUGCAUCUUUCUAUCUCCGAAGUCUGGGGAAGCACAGGGAUCCCCUGCGUAUUGAGACGGGGAUAGAGACAGACAAAAAAACUUGAAGGACUCGGAUCAAUCCACUUACGUGGGACUUACAUCCAUCCAUAAACAAAUCCUUAUGAACUGUUUUAUUGUCAUUGAACGUGAUGACUGGAAGCGCCCUGCCUGUACUGUCAGAACGGUUUGCUGCAGACCUCGAAGAGUUUAAUGGGGACAAAGGAGUCAUUUAGUGCCUGUAAGUGGUAGAUAAAGGGCUUCUAACAGUAGGCAGCAGACCAGCGCUCGUGGGCUGUCAUGGUCUCCGAGGAAAUCUGCCGUUUCAAACGACGACAGAAGAAAACAAAGCCGGAAGUGGAUGUAGCAAACUGUCCACUGAUACUUUCCUAGUUGGCGACUUUAUUAGUGAAGACUCGCUUAUCAUCGGAAGUGCAAAUUCACGAGUCCUGGUGAUUCGAGGGUGUCCUAGACCCGUAGACAUGCACGGUUACAAUGAAUGGGAGGGGGGUGCUAUUGCUCUUCUAGUUACUGUAGAAAGACGACCGACUGCCCAUCUCUGGCGUCAACGUUAAAGUGUGGGAGGAGGGCUCCGAUAUCGAUGGCUGACUAUGAACCUAGCAUGUCAACUCGUUGGAUGUCCACGUGAGGUCGAUUUUUGUCUAGAGGAAAAGCAUAUUGGAAGGAAUAUUGUGUACAUGUGUAACCAUAUCUUUAUGUAGUGUAGUCAACGUAUGCCCGGUGGAGAAUGUAAACCCAUGGAAGGUCCCA